AUGUGGACCCUGGCUCUGAUGCUCCUCGCAGCAGCCUGCUUGUUCUCGCUGGGGGUUGCUCUGUGGGUCAUUUGCAGCCAUUUUUUCAUUGUGCACAUCCCUGCAGCGAUUGGCCACCCUGUGAAACUGAGAGUCCUCCAUUGCAUAUUCCAGCUGCUGGUGACAUGGAGGGAGCCCUCCGUAAAUACUAACCAUGGUUACUCUCUGUUGACUCAUUGCAUCCUGCACCAACUCUGGGCUCCAGGGUCAAUGGCAGAAACCCACCAUGGCAUAUGCUCUCGUUUGUGCAAGGAGAGUGACUCCGUGGUUCUGGCAGUUGGUUACCGCAAGUUACCCAAAUAUAAGUGUCCAGUGUCAAUAAGAGACUGCUUGGCGGCCACCAUCCACUUCCUGAGGUCCCUACAUGCAUAUGGAGUGGAUCCAGCCCGGGUUGUGGUCUGUGGCGACAGUUUGGGAGGGGGACUAGCCACAGUGGUUUGUCAAAAACUUGUGAACACGCCAGAUCUGCCCCGGAUCCGGGCUCAGAUCCUGAUCUAUGCCAUUCUCCAAGUCCUAGAUUUUCAGACCCCUUCCUUUCAGCAGAGAAAGAACAUCCCGAUGCUCUGCUGGAGUUUCACCUGGUACUGUUUGUAUCACUAUCUGGAUAUCAGCUCCUCCUGGCAAGAGGUCAUCAUGAAAGGCGCCCAUUUGCCUGCCAAAGUCUGGGAAAAGUACAGAAAGUGGUUGGGCCCAGAAAACAUCCCGGAGAGGUUUAAGAGCGGCUACCAACAGAAGCCCCACGAGCCCGUGAAUGAAGCUGCUUACUUGGAACUAAGUGUUGUCCUGGAUGUGAUGUGCUCGCCCCUGAUUGCAGAAGAUGACAUAGUGUCUCAACUCCCGGAAGCUUGCAUCGUGAGCUGUGAGUAUGAUACCCUCCGGGACAGUUCACUGUUGUACAAGAAGAGGCUGGAAGACCUGGGAGUGCCUGUGACCUGGCACCAUGUGGAGGAUGGUUUCCACGGAGUGCUCAACACCAUUGACCUGAACUUCUUGUACUUCCCCAGCUCCACGAGAAUUCUGAAUGUGUUAACCAAUUUUAUAAAGGGACUGUGA